CCCCCGCCCCCCCGAUGUGAGGACCACUCCGACCCAGUCAGCGGGACGAGCAGCUGAGCUCCAUCCCCGCUGAGGGGCGCGGCCUCCCCGCUGCCGCUCACUCGCUCCGUCAGCGACCGGAGGACGCAGCGCUGCAUCCAGCCACCGAGGCGGCGGACAUGGCGGACCCCGCAGCGGAGACCACCAUCAAUGUGGUGUGCCGCUUCAGGCCGCUGAACAGCUCGGAGGUGGCGCGGGGAGACAAGUACAUCCCCAAGUUCCAGGGGGAGGACUGCGUGCUGAUCGCGGGGAAACCGUACCACUUUGACCGCGUGUUCCAGUCCGACACUACUCAGGUGCAAUUCUACAACGCCGUGGCUCAGAAGAUUGUCAGAGAUGUUUUGGGGGGCUACAAUGGGACCAUAUUUGCCUACGGACAGACGGCUUCUGGGAAAACCCACACAAUGGAGGGCAAACUCCACGACUCCGAUAUGAUGGGAGUCAUUCCCAGAAUUGUCGACGACAUCUUCAACUACAUCUACUCCAUGGAUGAGAACCUGGAGUUCCACAUCAAAGUUUCAUAUUUUGAAAUCUACUUGGACAAAAUCAAGGACUUGUUAGAUGUGUCAAAGGUCAACCUCUCUGUGCACGAAGACAAAAACAGGGUGCCCUAUGUCAAGGGGUGUACCGAGCGCUUUGUGAGCAGUCCUGAGGAGGUCAUGGACGCCAUUGACGAGGGCAAAAACAGCAGGCACGUGGCUGUCACAAACAUGAACGAGCACAGCUCCAGGAGUCACAGCAUCUUCCUCAUCAACAUCAAGCAGGAAAACUCUCAGACAGGACAGAAACUCACCGGCAAGCUGUACCUCGUCGACCUGGCCGGGAGUGAGAAAGUGGGUAAGACGGGAGCAGAGGGGACGGUGCUGGAUGAGGCUAAGAUGAUCAACAAGUCCCUGUCUUCGCUGGGAAAUGUCAUCUCUGCCCUGUCGGAGGGCUCGGGAUAUGUCCCGUACAGGGACAGUAAGAUGACCAGGAUCCUGCAGGACUCCCUGGGAGGGAACUGUCGGACCACCAUGGUCAUCUGCUGCUCGCCGUCCGCCUUUAAUGACGCUGAGACCAGGUCCACCCUGAUGUUUGGGCAGAGGGCAAAGACCAUCAAGAACACCGUGAGCCUGAACGUGGAGCUGACGGCGGAGCAGUGGAAGAAGAAAUGGGAGAAAGAGAACGAGAAGAAUAAGACACUGAAAAACACGGUUACCUGGCUGGAAGCCGAGCUUAACCGCUGGAGGAGCGGAGAGAGCGUCCCGGUGGAGGAUCAGUUCGAUAAAGAGAAGGCCCAAGCUGAGGUCCAGGCUCUGGACAGCGCGCUCAACAACGAUAAGACGGCCCCCGCGCCGGCCCUGACCCCCCUCCCUGGGGUCAAACUCACCGAGGCAGAGACCAAGCAGUACGGUGCCGAAAUGGCAAAGCUCUACAAAGAAAUGGAUGAUAAGGACGACGAGAUCAACCAGCAGUCUCAGCUGUUGGAGUCGCUGAAGCAGCAGAUGUUGGACCAGGAGGAGCUCCUGUCCUCGUCCCGCCAAGACCACGACACCCUGCAGACAGAACUGAGCCGACUGCUGUCGGAGAACGAAGCCUCCAAAGAGGAGGUGAAGGAGGUGCUGCAGGCACUGGAGGAGCUGGCCGUAAACUACGACCAGAAGAGUCAGGAAGUGGAGGACAAGGCGCAGGAGUUCGAGGCCCUCAGCGAGGAGCUCAACGAGAAAUCGAGCUCCUUGGCCUCCAUUGACUGUGAACUCCAGAAGCUGAAGGAGAUGACCAACCAUCAGAAGAAGAGGGUGACCGAGAUGAUGUCAUCAUUACUCAAAGACCUGGCUGAGAUAGGAAUCGCCUUGGGGAGCAACGACAUAAAGCAGCACGAGAGCAGCGGCCUCGUCGACGAGGAGUUCACCGUGGCUCGUCUCUACAUCAGCAAGAUGAAGUCGGAGGUGAAGGCGAUGGUGAAGCACAGCAAACAGCUGGAGAGCUCCCGGUCCGAGAGCACCCAAAAGAUUGAGGCGACAGAGAUGGAGCUGAUUGCCCUCCAGCUCCGAGUCUCCCAGCAUGAAGCCAAAAUCAAGUCCCUAACAGACAGCCUCCAGAAUGUGGAGCAGAAGAAAAGACAGUUGGAGGAAACAGUGGACUCUCUAAAUGAGGAAAUAGUCAGGAUCAAAGCCCAAGCUUGUCUGCUUCCAGAGAAAGUCAACACCCUGGAGAAGGACAAUGAGAUCCAGUCUGCCAAUGAAAUCAAGGACGCGGUGGAGAAGCAGAUCCAGUCCCACAGAGAGAUCCAUCAGAAACAGAUCGGCAGCCUGAGGGACGAGCUGGACCACAAGGAGAAGCUCAUGACGGAGCUGCAGGAUCUGAACCAGAAGAUCGUGCUGGAGCAGGAGAGGCUGAGGGUGGAGCACGAGAAGCUGAAGGCUGCAGAUCAGGAGAAGAGCCGCCAGCUACAAGAGCUCACGGUGUUGCAGGACAGGCGGGAUCAGGCCAGACAGGACCUGAAGGGACUAGAGGAGACUGUGGCCCGAGAGCUGCAGACGCUCCACAACCUCCGGAGGCUUUUUGUCAAAGACUUGACCACUCGAGUCAAAAAGAGUGCUCAUAUGGACUCAGAUGACGCAGAAAGCACCACAAUGCAGAAACAGAAGAUCUGCUUCCUGGAAAGCAACCUUGAGCAGCUCACCAAAGCUCAUAAGCAGCUGUUACGGGACAACGCCGACCUUCGAAGUGAGCUUCCCAAACUAGAGAAGCGUCUGCGGGCCACUGCCGAGCGGGUCAAAGCCCUGGAGGCGGCUCUGCGGGAGGCCAAAGAGAACGCAGCAAUCGACCGAAAGCGCUACGACCAGGAAAUGGAGCGCAUCAAGGACGCUGUCAAGCCCAAAAACACGGGCCGGAGAGCCUCCAUAGCUAAGCCCAUCAGACCAGGCCAGCUGCCGGGAGCCUCUCCCAUCAACACCAGUGUCAACAGGUCCAACCUCAUCCAGAACAACCAGCCUGCGGGCAUCAAGGGAGGAGGCAACAGCAGGAAUAUGCAUCAAUGUGAGGAGAUGUCAGAAUGAUGGGUCUCCCCAACACAACGCCUUCAGGGAUCUCUGCCUUGUUGAAGGGCAUCUCCGCAGUGACCAGGAGACAAACUGGCACCUCUCCCACCAUCAGUCCACACCCGUACCGGGUCUGUGUCAGACUUCAACCACUACCCUGGCUACUGCUGUUUAAGACUUCCAAAAAGACAACAUGGGAAUUGCUUUGUGUACCUUUCCUUUUGUGAUUUCCCUCACAGCGACAGAGAACAAAGCACGGCCCACUAACAACUAGCCAAAGCUCCAGUUUCAUUGAAGAUAUUGAACUUUUAUCAGGAAACACCACACCAGUCUUCCAACAUCAAAGUGUGUAUAUACUGUAUAUAAGUAUUUCAUGUAUUUCAUGUUCAAGCCUAUGGCUCUAAAAAGAACUAAGCCACAUAAGUGCCUUGUAAAAUCCACACAUAAUGCGUGGAGUUGCUCAGAUGACAGAUAAUUACUAAAUUAUGGACCUGAAAUAUCAGACCUCGAUGUAUCUCUGAACAUAAAAAGACACUUCAUGCCUUCAUAUGCUCCAGUGUAACUCUUGCAUCAUGACAAACCGCACCACUGCGCCUGUAUCUAAUACUCUAUGUUACCCUGAAUGGUCAACAAUACACUGAGAUACUGGAACUCCCUCCCUUGGAACCCUCCCAGAAAUCCUACCAAUUAAAAACCCCAAACAGAGCAAGGGACAAACCUGGUGAAGGCCAACACACAGUGGUGUUAGGACCGGAGGGGCUGUAGCAACAUGCCUGUAUUCGCCAAAUGCCCCUCACAAUAGUCCGGCUACGGUUUCCAUUACUCUUCCUGCCCAUUCAUAUGAAAUGAGUGAAACACUCUUGGUCCGGCCCCUUCCCUGUUAUCUUUACUUUGAGAGACCCUACCCGGAGAAAUUUACCUAUCAGGAAUCAAGAAUCAGGAAUCAGGAAACAUUUAUUGCCAUAAUAUGUCAGACAUACAAGGAAUUUGACUUGGUGCAUCACAGCAGACAGUACGACAAGACAAGACAACAGUGCAAGAGGAUUAAAAUAUACAACACAGCUCCCAGGGUCAAAAACGCCUCUGCGACGUUAAAGUGGUGAUUCAUUACUUGAUUGAUUACUUCAUCGAUUCAUUGAACUAAUAAACACUAGAAACUCAUCUACGUAUACAUUUUUGUGAUGCUCUACUGUUGCCGUAAUAUUCUGAUUUAGACAUUCAAAAGCGUGUUCAACCACAUAUUGGUACAAAAGGAUGCUUUAGGCGAUUAAAAACAUCUCACUUUCGUACACAAGUAGAGCAAGUGAUAUGUGCUCUGCCUUGCUUAUUUAAACUAAAUGGUUUUCUGUCAUUGGCUAGUGCUUGAAACUCUCUCUAAAAGCCUUUAACUCCUCAGCUUCCCAAACAGGCUUCUGCUUGGCAGCAGCGCUCCUGUCUCCUGGCUCAGGGCAUGAAGAGCAUUGGGAGUGGAAUACAAAUUUAAUUUAUGCCAGAUAGCUAAAGGCAAGAGUCCACUAAUGAUCACUUGGUUUGGAAAGCAUUAAUUAUGCUUUGUUUUUAAUGUGGCUAAUGUAUCCAGACUGACUUUCUAGUAGGAAAGUGGAUGAUUGACACUUACCCUCUGAAAGUCUGUCAGCUCUGGAGCGUUGUUAUAACUCCCGUGUAAUGUAUCCUUGUGACAUCCUAUGCAACCCUACAUGUGUUUCAUGGUGACAAUAAAUGAUCAUUAAGUCUUUUUAAUUGUUUGGUUGCACAGAAUGUAAUGUCAAGCCCUUCAAAUAAAAAUUGACUGAACUUAAA